GAUGUUAUUUUGAUGGUUUUAUUGAUUAUAAUAAAUAGUAGUUAUAAUGAAAAUUCAAUUUAUAAAGCCGUUAUUAUAUUUUGGAUUAGUAAUAAGUGGAAUGUGCAAGUGAUAGCUACUGUGUUACGCAGCUCCGUGUGAUGCCAUCCAGAUAUUUUAUAUUUUAUCCUACCUAAAAUCAUAUUAUUGUCUGAUUGUGAUUAUUGAUUUCUCUCAUGUUGUAUAUGAAUGAUUCGUGUAAGCAUUAUUAAUCAUUGUUUAUAUCAAUAAAGUUUAACAUUUUUAUACAUUAGAAUAUGUACAUUUGGCAACGUAGCAAACCUCUUCCCGUUUGGUGCUUACAGUACGCCUCUUCCUAGUCAUAAGAAAUUCCUUGAUUAUAAACAAAUUAAUUUUGUUCAUUACUUUCGUUAAAAUAAAUAUUAGAAGUGAAGUUUAUCGUAUAUUCCUAUCAUUUAUAUAUUAUCUACUAAAUAAAGGCUGAACAAAAUUGGUUAUUUAUACAAAAUUUAACAAACAAAAGCAUUCAAGUUUUAUCAAUUUUUCUUACAUCUGAAAUCUAAUUAUACACUACAUCUUAUUGGAGUAUCCAUUGGUUUUUUGUAUCAUUGGUUUACAUUGAAUGAAUUAAAAGGGCAAAAAACUGAAAAUAUAAUUUAAAAAAAUAUCGAGAAUAUUUUUUAAAGGGUUAACUUGCGCAUGCUUUAUUGUAUUCGAAGCAACAGUUUAUUGUAGCGGCAAAGUCAAAAACAGAAGCUAUGAAUACUCGAGGACGCUAUAUUCUAACUACAACCAAGAAUAUAAUUGUCAUCCGAUGAUAAAUCAAUGUUUCUCGGUCGUCGUGUGUCUACUACUUCGUCCGAGCAAGCAAACACCGUCAUGUAUAUUUCAAAAAUAACCUGAAUAUAAAGAAAAAGUGGUUGUGCUGUAAUUAUUGUGAAUAGUUGAUUACUAUGGAAGGCCCAGCGAAGAAAAAACAGCGGGUUGUAAGUGAGGAGGAUGAAGAAAGUGAAGAUGAGUUCAUUUCAGAGAUGGAAAGGUUUCAAAAAAGUCUGUUAAGUCAAUGUUUAUGUGGCAUUCCUGAAAGUAGUUUGCGAAAGCCAUUCAUAGGCACAGCAACUACAAGAUCCAGUAGUAAUAAUGGAGUUGAUAGACGUAAUAUUGGUGUUAUUUCUGAGUGGGAACCCGAAAGAACUUUAGAAUAUAUUAGUGGUCUUCAACUUCUUUUCGAUCUUGCUAUAAAGCAAAAUACUCGGGGUCUUAUGUGUAGUCGUGUUUCGGAUAUUUGUGAAGCAUUGACAAGAAAUGAGCAUGGUAUAAUAGAUCAAUUAAUCGAUUUAUCCUGUACUCCAAAUAAAUUCAUAUCAUAUACAGCAAGUAAAGCUCUUGCUUCAUUUUUUAUAAUAACAAAAGAGAAUACAGAUGAAGCCUGGUUAGAAAGACUGACGCAGUCACUAGUGAAUACACAUUCACCAAGUCAAAUGCUCUUUACGUUAGAUGUGGUAAAGAGAGUAGUAGAACAUAAAGACUGUGGAAUUCAUCCUUUAGAAGAAGACACCUCAUUUCCACCACCAAACUGUAAUACUCUUGUUGUGUCUGAUCCUGAAAGUUUGGACAGUACUGUAGUAAAAGCGAUGUGUGUGAAAGCUCUAGAAUCUAAAUGGACUGUUUUAGUGGCAAAAUUUGAUGCAAUUCUUGGAUCUUAUACACCACAACAUGAAUCUGCUGUAAUAACAUUUUUGGAUUUGUGGGAAUCAAUAAUUUCUGUAAAAGCUAACCUAUCAGUUAUCGAUACGAAAUUAUUUUAUUCUCAACUCGAUAAUCUAGUAUUGUUGCUCAAUAGCAAUGUGCCGGGAAUUAUUUGGAGGCAUCUAUUAGGUUUAUUUAAUGAAGUGUUAUGUUAUGGAAGUACACUUGCUCUUCAAGAUGUUUUACCUGAUGAACCUUGUUCACUUGCGCAUUUGAUUGUUCGUGCUGUCAAAGAUUGGCGACUGUUAGAUGGAUUACCUUAUCGACAUGGAUCUGGACGAUUUGGAGGUGGAUCUGGAGAUGGUGAUCGGCCGCUUCUUCAAAAACUCGUACUAUUAGUGCUCAAAAGCGUCGCAGUUACAGUAAAAGAAACACGAAGUGAUACUAGUGAUUCAUCAUUAGGUUCUGAGGCUGAAGAUCUUGAUGCUGAUAUGGCUGUUAUUGAACGCAGUAUCAGAGAAGUUUUAAGACAACUUGACCAGUGUGUAAAAGGUCUUAUGCCUUUUCAUCCAGAAAUGCCAUUAUCUCAAUGGGUUGUACAAAUGUUCCAUGAUCAAGACGACUUCCUUAUCGAAGGAAUGGUCUGUUGUUUAGAUGUUGCUGUAGGACUUUUCUACAGAGGUCCUCCACAAAAUGAAUUGGCACAUAUGCUUAGUCCAAGUUUAACUUUUGUUCAAUUUGUUAGAGCAGUAUCUCAUGAUCCUGAUGUUUUAUUAGACCUGCUUGUAAGCAACGAAACUUGCUUUUUACUUUAUUUACUUAGGUUUCUCAAAUAUGUUAGGCGUAAUUGGCCUGAAUUUGUAUCAUGUUGUGGUAGAGAAUUAGACGAUACCAUGACAGUACUCAUAAGACUCAGAUUGGCUAUAGACAGACUUGUGUCUAAAGCUUUAUUUCCUUAUAAUAUCAAUCCUGUAUUACGUUUACUAGAAAAAUGUGAGUCUUUCUAUGAAGGCAAUGUAGACAACUGAACUUAUUACAGUAUUACAUUUAAUUUUUUCAAAUUUUUAAUUAAUCAUAUUCGCUGUAUUCAUAUUUAUCUGUGAAGUAACAUUAAAUUUCUUGUAAUUAUCAUCAGGUUAUUAAACAAUGUUAAAUAUCAACUAAAAUGAUUUUAAAAUUUUUAUUAUACAACACUUUCUCCAAAAUAUGUGUUUACUUUUGUAUAGCGAAGUUAUAUGAAUGAAAAUUUUUGGAUUAAUGUCUUCGUAUCAUAAACGUAAAUGUUUAUAAUAUUUUUAUAUCUUUGAAUUUUCGCUAUUUUAUAAUUUUAUAAAAUUCUUAUUAAAGCAAUGAUUAAUUUUAAUAUGUUAAUAUACAAAAAUGAUGAACAAUACCAACUGCAUAAUGUAUAUUGCUUCAUUAUUUUUUUACGAAAAUAAUAUUGUAAUUAACGUACUAAUGAAAUGAAAUUUUAUUUAUGCGGCAAUAGAUUUGUAUGACUGUAAUUAAUUUUACUUUCGAUUAGAAUAGAUUAUGUACAGUAAAAAAAAAAUAAAACUGACGGUAUUAGCGAUAGCGGAAUAAGUAAUGAAAUUAUAAGAUUAAUGAAUAAAAUGAUACUACAUU